CACACACCUCUGGGAAACUCUACGGUGCGUGUAAAUCCAGAGGUUGUCCCUCACAGCUGUCCGGUUGUUUACGUUGCCUAUAAUGCUCAAGGUCACGGGAUAUGGGUUACCUUUGACCCGCAACUGUUAGUCAACCCUAUUACAGCUCAGUGCUCGCGUCGUGGCUUUGGCGACAAAUCCAGCAGCUUGAUAGGCUGGAGUCACAUGACUCUGCUAAUCGUGAGUGUAUUUCAGCGUCCACGAGAGGACUGUAGCUCUCUCCUCUGAGAGCGGCUUUGAAUGAAAUCCUGAAUCGGAGGAGGAGGUAUUUUUUUGCAACCAUUGCGCUACCGUUGAAACGUGUUGCCGAGCUGGGGGGAAAUUCGGGAAAGGGGAGCCGCGCUGGAGCACCGCACAGCACCGACACACGACGCGGCACGAACAUGCUCACUCGGGUUAAAUCUGCGGUGGCCAAUUUCAUGGGAGGCGUUGUGGCUGGUGGCGCUAACGGUGACUGUUCCGGAUCAGAUCUGCCGCUGAAAUUCCCCUACAUGAGACCCGAGUUCCUAGGACUGACCCCGGAUGAAAUCGAGUGCUCCGCAGAUCACAUAGCGCGGCCGAUUCUCAUCCUCAAAGAGACGAAGAGAUUGCCGUGGGCCACAGGUUACGCAGAGGUGAUCAAUGCAGGUAAGAGUGCCCUGAAUGAGGACCAGGCGUGUUGUGAGGUGGUGGUGGUGAGAAAGAGACCAGGAGACUCCACCACCCCCAGUAAGACCCCCACUGCCAAGAGAAGAUCCUCGCUGCCCAACGAAGAAGGCCUGGGGUUGAAGGAGAACAGUGCGGACUCAGAGGGUCUAGUAUUCCACUACUGGGCAUUGUUUGACGGCCAUGCCGGCUCCGGAGCUGCAGUAGUGGCCUCCAAGCUCCUCCAACACCACAUCGUCGAGCAGCUCCAGUCUGUCCUCGAGGUCCUAAAGAACCAUGCCGUUUUACCGCCCACCAUCUUUGGCGAGAAGUCUAAUCACCAAAUGACCCCCGGGAUCCACCGGGCAACCCUGACCCGGGCCGCAUCACUCCGUGGAGCCACUGGCGCCCCCAGCUCCCCCUGCACCCCUCCACCACAGAGGUUAUUCACAGAGAAGAAGAUCCAGCACGAUAGCCUGGUGAUGGGAGCCAUGGAGAAUGCCUUCAAGGAGAUGGAUGCCCAGAUAGAGAAGGAGAAGCAGAUGUAUAACAUCACAGGAGGAUGCACAGCGCUGUGUGUUGUUUAUCUGCUUGGAAUGCUAUAUGUGGGAAACGCAGGAGACAGCAGGGCGAUCAUUAUAAGGGACGGGAAGGUCAUACCCAUGUCCACAGAGUUCACUCCAGAGUCAGAGAGACAGCGGCUACAGUUCCUGGGCUUCAUGCAGCCUCACCUAUUAGGAGGAGAGUUCACCCAUCUGGAGUUCCCCAGGAGAGUACAGAGGAAGGAGGUGGGCAAGAGGAUGCUCUACAGAGACUUCACAAUGAAUGGAUGGGCGUAUAAAACCAUAGAAGACGAGGACCUGAGGUUCCCCCUGGUCUACGGCGAAGGGAAAAAGGCCAGAGUGAUGGCCACCAUAGGAGUGACCAGAGGCCUUGGUGACCAUGAUCUUAAAGUCCACGACUCCAACAUCUACAUCAAGCCUUUCCUGUCCUGCUGUCCAGAGGUGACGGUGUACAACCUAAACCAGUAUGAGCACGGUGCUGACGACGUCCUGGUGAUGGGAACAGAUGGCCUCUGGGACGUCCUGUCCAACAAGGAAGUCAACGAAUCAGUCUCCACCUUCUUGGCCAACUGUGACCCUGACGACUUACACAGAUACACGUUGGCUGCUCAGGAUCUGGUGAUGAGAGCACGGGGAGUACUGAAGGAACGAGGCUGGCGGAUCACUAAUGAACGGCUGGGAUCUGGAGAUGACAUCUCCUGUUACAUCAUCCCUCUGAUGUACGGAAACCGCCAGCCCUAGAACCACCUACAGGCCUUGAAUGGAACAGACUCCCAUCUCUAUGGCAGGCUCCCUCCUCAACCAGCAGUACUGUACCCCUCUUUUUGAAACUCUCUCUCUCUCUCUCACCCCCCUACUCAGUGCUGUACUGUAAGUGAUAUUCAAGAAACUAAUCCUACAAGAUGUUACAAUGUUCCCUUCUUCCCUAAACGUGUAUGAGCUUAAGAUUCUGUGGUAUGUGACCUGAGAUCCCAGUCAUGUGAUGCUGGACUGUGCUGACCUGUGAAGCUUUGUUUCCUGCUUUGCCACAUUGUGUGGCUUCAGAGGAGUCACUUCCUGAAGAACAGUAUUUCUUCAAGACCUACCAAGGUUCAGUACAGACAGGUGUUUGUCUGGCAGAAAAUGGUUUCUAUUAAAAGUAUUAUGUAUGUCGUUUUCUAAAACAUCUCACUCAUCUCAACUGGAAAGGGAGGCUGAACUUAGUGAAGAUCACAUUUUUUGAUUUGUUGAUGUAGCCUAUGUAAUGAAGAUAGAUAAUCUGACUGAGCAAGGUGCAGUUGUUUACUAUGGUACUGUUUCUGUUUUUGGAUGACUUGAUCUUGUUGUUUUCCUCAUUGGUGUAAAAACGGUCAUAGAACUCUUACCUUAUUGUUUUUUUGAAUGACAGUCGUACAAUGUAUUCAUAGACCAAGACCCAAGUUCUGUUACAAAUCUUAUGAUGUAGCUGUAUAUUUCUUUCUGUUCAUCACCCUGUUAGAUCAUUACUUUAGGCUGAUGAUGGUCAAGAUGUUUAUUUGCAUGUAAUGCUGCUUGCUUUGGGAAAGAGAUGGAGAUAGAGAUGGGGAUAGUAGUUCAGACUGAACCCAAAGAAAAAAGAUGAAGGAUGUUUUUAGCUUUCAUAUACUCCAUGGAUUAUUAAGUAUGUUGGCCUAUACCAUUGCCACUUCAGUAUGUGCCAUUCUAUGCGUAUUUUACUUUUCAAUACUGUAAGAGAGGAUUUAUUUAUAGAGACUGAUGUAUUGUCACACUUGAUCCUUCAAUUCAGUGGCAGUAAUCCACAUAUUAGUCAUACUGCCACAAACAUUUGUAUUAUUUUCAUACAUGCCAUGAUAAAACAUAUUAAUUGAUGUAAACAUACUAUAUCAUUUCCUACAUGUUACAUUACAUAUUUGGUGACAUUGUCACCCUUGAUAUAUUGUUGAUGGUGGCUCAAGUUCUGGAUUAAGUUUUCACAGAUGCAGUGCUCUAAAAUGGUUUCCUAACAUAAUAUACUAGUUUCUGGCUCUUGACUCUGCUAUCUACCGGUCAGUAGACUCAUGCGAGUGAGUCCUCAACACUAUGUGCUACAUUUAGGGCUAGUUCCAAUCAGAUCUACCUUAACCCACGAUAACUGACAACUACAUAGCAGUUUCAUUGUUUUUAUUUAGAUUAUGUCAGAGGUUUAACUGUGUUGGAGCUGUCAAAUCAGCAAGCGACUCCCGGCAUUAUACCUAUCGCGGACAUUGCCAUUGUCGCAUUAGUAAAAAUCCCAUGCAGCCUUGUUACAAGGUCAAACACUGGAAUGUGUGUUGUAAUCUACACCUCAAUUAGGCUGAUAUCAAUCCUUAUUAAUUUGUUUAAUGCGUUUCAAUUUUAGUGUCACUAUUUCUAUAUAGCCUACACUUUCUCAUUCUGAACUUCUAACCCGGGUGUGGUUUCGUGACAAUGACGACAAGAGCAGCUCCAACGCAGUUACACCUCUGACAUCACCUAAACAAAAGCAAUGAAACUGCUGUGCAGUUGUCGGUCAUGGCAGGUUAACGCUUGCACAGUCAAAAUCAUGUUUUUCAUGAAAUGUUAUGAUAAUUGGAUGAAACCAGAUCAAAGUAUGAAAAAUGACUGUUGCUUCUACAUUAAUAAAAUUUGAUCAUAAAGUUACUGGUCCAUUCCCCGAUGUCAAACAUUUGGGUUCAGGGCUUUUUGUGACAUCACAAAAUCCUCAUUUUAGUACACCAAUUUAAAUAGGUAACGCCUUGUAACCAAUAUCUCAGAAGGAGCGUUCGCAGAGGGGCGUGGUUUACAUAGCUAGGUAGCUAGUCUAGUGGUGCUAAAAUUUGACUGCAGCGUGUCAGCAAAUAUAAUUAGAGGUUUCCCCUGCUCAUCUAAGACAAAUAUACUUAGGUUUCUACUUUCAUCUGUGUCUGGUGUUAGCUAGAACUGGCUAGCUCGGUCUUCAGUCAGCAUGGAAAAAAAGCGGGGGAAGGGUUGUCCAAAACUCAGACACAGUUGUCAUGUCAUUACACAUGCCAAACUGGAGAUUCAUCCAAACUUCUUGACAUCAUUAAUAGUCAUGAUAUAUGGACAUUGCCUGACUCACCGGACAGUUUAUUAUGUACACUAAUCUAGUACCGGGUCGGACCCCCCUUUGCCUCCAGAACAGCCUGAUUUCUUUGGGGCAUGGAUUCUACAAGGUGUCGGAAAUGUUCCACAGGGAUGUUGGUCUAUGCUGACACUAUAGCAUCAUGUAGUUGCUGCAGAUUGGACGGCGGUACGUUUAUGCUGCGAACAGCCUAUUUCAUCGCAUCCCAAAGAGGCUAUAUUGGGUUUGGUCAGCAACAAUGUUCAGAUACGCUGUGGCGUUCAAUCGUUGCUCAAUUGGUAUCAAGGGACCUAAUGUGUGCCAGGAAAACAUUCCCCACACCAGUACACCAUAGACUCAUGCUGCUUUCGCCAAAUCCUGACUCAACAGGAACUUCACAAUAUCAGCAGUUACAGUUGACCUGGGCAGCUCUAGCAGGGCAGAAAUUUGACUUACAGACUUGUUGGAAAGGUGGCAUCCUAUG